GUUCGGGCGGUACCGGUCCGCAGAGCCCUCGCUGAUCCCCUCUACAGCCAUGAGCUCGUACGGCUACGACCCGUUCUUCCCCUCUUACAAGCGGCGUUAUGCUGACAGCCCCCGGCUGCACGUCUCCGCGAUGCGGAGCGGUGGUUACAGCUCAGCUCGCUCGGCGUAUUCCAGCCUCUCCGCACCCGUCUCCUCCGUGUCUGUGCGCCGCAGUUACGCCACCUCCAGCGCUUCAGGCUCCCUCCUGCACUCGGUAGACAGCCUAGAUCUAAGCCAGGUAGCCGCCAUCAGCAACGACCUCAAGUCGAUCCGUAGCCAAGAGCGGGCCCAGCUGCAGGAUCUCAAUGACCGCUUCGCUUGUUUCAUCGAGCGGGUGCACGAGCUGGAGCAGCAGAACAAAGUGCUGGAGGCCGAGCUGCUGGUGCUGCGGCAGAAACACGCCGAGCCGUCCCGUUUCAGAGCCCUCUACGAGCAGGAGAUCCGCGAGCUCCGCUUGGCCGCCGAGGAAGCGACGAGCGAGAAGCAAGCGCUGCAAGGAGAGAGGGAGAGCUUGGAGGAGACCCUGAGGGGGCUGCAGGCUCGCUACGAAGAGGAGGUGCUGAGCCGCGAGGAUGCUGAGGCUCGACUGCUGGAGGUGCGCAAGGGAGCGGAUGAAGCAGCGCUGGCACGAGCGGAGCUGGAAAAGCGCGUGGACAGCCUGCUGGAUGAGCUGGCCUUCCUUAAGAAGGUGCACGAGGAAGAGCUGGCCGAGCUGCAAGCUCAGAUCCAAUACGCUCAUCUGUCGGUGGAGAUGGACGUGUCGGCCAAGCCCGAUCUGUCGGCUGCGCUGCGCGAUAUCCGCGCUCAGUACGAGAAGCUGGCGGCUCGUAACAUGCAGAACGCCGAGGAAUGGUUCCGAAGCCGCUUCACUGUGCUCAGCGAAAGCGCUGCUAAGAACACAGACGCCGUCCGAGCCGCCAAGGAUGAGGUAUCCGAGAGCCGCAGGCUGCUUAAGGCCAAGACGCUGGAGAUCGAAGCUACCCGUGGUAUGAACGAAGCGCUGGAGAAGCAGCUGCAGGAGCUGGAGGAGAAACAGAGCGCUGAUAUCUCAGCGCUGCAGGAUACAAUCAACAAACUAGAGAAUGAAUUGAGAACCACAAAGAGCGAGAUGGGUCGGUACCUAAAGGAAUACCAGGAUCUGCUCAACGUCAAACUGGCCCUGGACAUUGAGAUUGCUACCUACAGGUAUGAUGGGGGAGGUGUUUCAAUAAACCAUAAUGUGAAUUAGGUUCUCCUUUUUAUGCGUAUUCCUACUUAGUUUUCCUCCAGCAGAGAGUGCCAUUGGUGGCAGAAUUUAAUAAGAUUUUCUCCUUGGCUUUCUAUUUGGAAGAAGCAGCGCUUUUAAGGUAACAGCUUGUGUUAAACAGAAUCUGUGCUGCAUAGCAAACAUGAACAUCAUACUGUUCAUAUAUAUAUAUAUAUGCAUAGGGAAUUAGGAACUCAGCUGUGUAAUCUCAGUUCUCCAUCUUUACAAGUAAAGUGUGUUCUUGUACCUAGGAGCUCAAAUCUCUUCGCUCUACAAUGCUUUUAUAUCAUUAAGACUUGUUAAUAUAGGUGGCUUUAUUCUCAGGACUUAAAAUCCCUUAGACACCUUUAACAAUGAGGUUUCUUUCUAACUCACAAGCUGUGCCUUGCUAAGCCAUUAUCUUACUAAAGAAUUACUUUUAAAUAGCAAAAAGAAAUCAUCCUGGAUGCCAGUAAGUGCUGAAAUGGUUUCUAAGAGCCCCACAGGGGGAAUACUGAAGGUGGCUAUAAACCUUGUCUUACAGUUAACUGUGGCAUAGAGCUGUUACAUCCAUACUGUUGUCUGGAACAACAUAGCUUAUUGAAAUACAUCUGUAUUUCUACCUGUUGUAGAAACCUAAUCCUGGGGGUGUGUUCCCCAUUGUUUCUCCCAAUGAGAAGUACUGAUUCCAAAGUAAUACACAACUCUGAAGCUUUAAAAUUUUCCCAAGAUCAGGCUGCUAUUGCUGUACCAUUAAUAUGGUUAUAUUUGCACUCCUGAGUAUGCAGCCUCUAGAGCUUGUGCUGCUCAAAGCAUAUUGGCCCAUAGCUGAGUCUGCAGCAUAGCUAAGGCAUCUGCUUGCUUGUUCUUUCUGCUAGGAAACUGCUGGAAGGUGAAGAGACCCGACUCAGUUUCACCAGUGUUGGGAGCAUCACCAGUGGCUACACCCAGACUGCCCCCACCUUCGGCAGGUCUGCCUACAGCGGGCUCCAGUCCACCUCCUACUUGAUGACAACCCGUUCCUUCCCCACGUAUUACUCUAGUCAUGUCCAGGAAGAACAGAUUGAAAUAGAGGAAACAAUUGAGGCUGCUAAAGCAGGAGAAGCCAAGGCAGCCCCUGCAGAGGAAGGUGAGGAGGAAGAGAAAGAGGAAGGUGAGGAGGAAGAAGCAGGAGGUGAAGAGGCUGAAGAAGAGGAGGAAGGUGCUAAGGAAGAAUCAGAAGAAGGCAAAGAAGGGGAGGAGGAAGAAGGAGAAGAAACAGCAGCUGAAGAUGGAGAGGAGUCUCAAGAAACUGCUGAGGAAACUGGAGAGGAGGAGAAGGAAGAGAAAGAAGCAGCAGGAAAGGAAGAAACUGAAGUGAAGAAGAAGGCCUGAAUUCCAGGCAGCCUGGCUGUCAUCAAGCUAAACUCUGAUUGACUGAGCUAAAAUUGCAGUCUCACAUAUUUAUUUCAGUGACCACUGAGGUUUAAAGUUAAUGAUCUAUGAUGUUUCUCUCUAUGUGGAGUAUCAGUAUGCUGCUUGCAGAGCACCCACUGGCUUGCUCCCUGAGUGCUGCAUGGUCUACACGUAUGAAUUCAGGGGUUAUGUCCUACUUGGGUGAUUCAGAAUCAUUACAUUUAAAAAGGGGGGCAAAAAAUAAGUCAUGGGAAUGAAAGUUAUCUCUAAUGUGCAUUAAAAAUAAUUAUGGAAACCUUGGGUGGGUAAAAUAAUGGAGGCUUCAAUAAGUACGUGCAAUAAAGCUAGUCAAUAAAGUUACAGAAAUGCUUACACAGA